CGACAUUGCAGUAUAUUUCAGGUGCAUUUCAUUACAUUCUAAAAUAUUUCUGAUGCUGCUAGUUAACGCAAAAAGCAAACAAAGAUGGCUUCUUCAGAUAUUGUUCGCCCGGGCUUAUGGGCUUUCCGACGGCAGCUGCCAGAGAUAAAAGUGCGCUUAAGGAGUAGGGUUCCACAUUUGAAUUACAUAGAAGUCCGACGGCUUAACCUACCCUUCUAUGAAGCCCUUACCAGAGAAUUAUAUGAAGAAGGGUUCAAUGUAACAGCCGAAUACUUGUCUCGGCUCUUUAAAAUGGAAGCAGAAUUGGUCGAGAACGAAUCUUCUCUGCGAUUGUUUCACAGGAAGGAUUUCCUGCUAGCCAUAGCCGAAGCCGGAAAGAAUGCUGAAGCGGUAGCAAGAUUCAAUGAGGACAAGAGCCUCGCGUUUCAAAUGUUACUUGAAAUGAUUCAAUUGGUGGAAAGACAAGGACGAAGAUUUUGGUGGCUUACAGGACAACUUUAUAAAAUUGUUUUUAAUAUUAUGGUCAAAUGCGGUGUCACGAACAAUGAAGUGGAAUGUCGAGCAAGAUACUAUUAUGCCCGAUUUUUGGAUGAGAAAAUGUAUCAAUACAAUCAAGCAAUCGAAGAAUACAGGAUUGCAAAGCUUCAAACUGAAGAAUUGGACUGGGUAACAGAUGAAGUGUCAUAUCAUCUGCUUUUCAGGGAAAUAUGUAGAGGAUACGUGUCUGCGAUCCUCCACAAAGCCCAUCAUAUAAAGAUAUUUGAUUUAAAAGAGGCUAAUUUGUUAAUGUCACAUGCGUUGCCUAUGAUGUAUCAAUAUUCGGAUAAAGAAGAAAUUUGCCAGCAAUUAAUCAAUUGGAGCGACAUCCUUGUUGAUCUUAACCAUUUAAAUAAAGCAAUAAAAGUCCUAACCAAUGCCUUGAAGUACAGUUUUUCUUGCCAAUCCUCCGAGCUUCGAUGUUUGAUUCUCUUAAAACAAGGACUUACACUUCAAAAGUUGAAAAAUACUGAAAAAUGUAUUGAAAAAUUGAGCCGCUCCCUAGAGAUCGCAGAUGGAGACGAAUAUCAAGAACUGCGGGCACUCGCUCGAAUGCAUCUGGGUUUUAUUCUUUCCAAGGAAACCCAAGAAAUGGCGAAGGGUGUUGGUCUCCUAUCUGAAUCAAUUAGGAUCUUCCAGAAGCUUGGGAAUAUGCAAAAUUUAAGGAAGGCCGAGUAUUAUUUGGCUGUAUCAAAGGCGAAUCAGAUUUUUGAUGAUGUUUGCACAACAAUACGGGGAGCUUUCACGAAUGAUGUUUGCCAGAAGCCAUUUCUAAGUAAAUGGAAGGCAUGGUUUUUCCGCAAAAAUGUUUCCUGGGUAGCGAAGAGUGGAGCUGAAGAAAUUAAAGACAAAGCAAUUAUUUUAAAUGAAAAGUAUUAUACUGAUGGAUUCCUGGAGGCGGCAUUUAAUAAUCCGGAUACGGGGAGGCGGCCAAAUGGUUUUUCACCGAAUCAAAGUGAUUUAUCGUUCUUUAAGCAUCCGCUGUCGGAAUUCAGGAGAACCGAAACGCCACCAUUUACGAUUUACUGGGAUGAAGAUGAACUGGAAACGAAAAGGCGCAUCAACAAUAUCAUUGAGGAUCUUCAAAGCAUCACUCCCAGCGAGCUAGGAUUGACUUUGAAACUCAUCAAACACAAUUAAUAAUUGCAAACCUGUCAAUUUUUUACUGAAUUUAUUUAUAUUAUUCUGGAUACAUAUUUCUCAAUUUUUAAUUUUUCUCUAAUUACUGUUGAUCUUUACAUAUUUUCAAAUGUAUUUAAAUAUUAAAAUAUUAACUGAUA